AUGGCUGUCUUCUCCAUGAUCUCUAACGAGCGCCCCAUGCUCUACGGCCGCUCUGGCUACAACUCCAAGCCCAACGGUGGCGAUGACGACGACAAGAACCAGGGCCGCUCUGGAUACAACUCCAAGCCCAACGGUGAUGACGACGACAAGAACCAGGGUCGCUCCGGCUACAACUCAAAGCCUGACGACGACGACAAGGACAACAAGAGGUCGCUGAACUUCGCUUAA